UUCUACACUCCACAGGGUCUUCUACGUAUAGUAAGUAUUAACAACAAUACAUUUCUCGUGGUGACUGUUGACCUGAAGGGAGAGUUUCCAGAACCGGUGUGUGAGGCUGGGCAGAAAGACCUCGGGAGACCAGGUCUUGUGAAGACAGUCCCACAGAACACGGAACACCUCCAGUUUGAACUGUGGAACACCGGACCGAGGUGGUGCCUUAUCUGUAUUUGAUAAUAGAUAGUGGUUUCAGCAGAAUUGAAUAGAGUUGCAAGUACAUGUAUGUACACCAAGUAGAGUUC